ACCCCUGCGGGUACACCACCCCCACCCCCCGGGUUGCCGCCCUUAGGAGUGUUUAGGGUGUUUUCCCACUAAGAGAAGUUUGGAGUAGUCUUUAGAUGGCAUUCGAAUUGAGAAUACUGAUUCUGUUCAACACCUCGAGCUGUUAGAAGGGAAAGUUGCUAGAUAGAAGAGGAGAGUGGAAUACAAUGGCAGCAGAGAUGCAAAGAUUUGUGACAAGUGAAGAUGAUGAUGAGGAAAUGGGGAUGGAUGUAAAAGAAGAAGAUGAUGAGGAUGAUGAUGAUGGAGAGAAGAAUAUUGAGAGCCCGCCAAUGUUAGGUGUUGAUGGGGGACUUGCAUCGGCAAGUAGUAACAAUAGGUUUGUACAUCAUCAGCAAUAUCAAGAGCAGCCUACUCCUCAGGGAGGGUCACGGAGGUGUAGGCCUCAAGAAGAAAAGGAGAGAACUAAGUUACGAGAGCGUCAACGAAGGGCUAUUACUGCAAAGAUCUUAGCAGGCCUUCGAAGGCAUGGGAACUAUAACCUUAGAGUCAGAGCUGAUAUAAAUGAUGUUAUUGCUGCUUUGGCAAGGGAAGCGGGGUGGGUGGUUCUUCCAGAUGGAACCACCUUCCCUUCCAGAUCACAGGGUGCAAGACCUGUUGGUGGCACAUGUUCCACCGUGGUGACUUCAUCGUCUUCACACAUCCCAGCACAACAAACUCCACCUAUUUCCUUGAGAGGCAUCUCUUCACCUUACCAGAACACCGUUGAUUAUAAUGCAUGUCAAAUGAAGAGUGUUUUUGUGCCCACAUCAUCUCCCUAUGAUGAAUCCUCAAGCAUCCGGACUAACUCUUCACCACUGCUGGGAGAUGGAGGAGAUGUACAUAAUGAUCCUCUUCUUGGAGGUUCCAUAGAUUCUCUUGACAACAAGCAGGUUGACAUCUCAACAAAAUUGCAGGAGCGUGAUUUUGCUGGCACUCCUUAUGUUCCUGUUUAUGUUAUGCUACCUUUGGGAAUUAUCAAUAUGAAGUGUGAACUCGUUGAUCCAGAUGGUAUUAUAAAACAACUCAGAGUCUUGAAAUCAAUAAAUGUUGAUGGAGUCAUGAUUGAUUGCUGGUGGGGAAUAGUGGAAGCACAUGUUCCUCAGGAGUAUAACUGGAAUGGAUAUAAGCGGCUGUUUCAAAUUGUGCGUGAGCUUAAGCUUAAGUUGCAGGUUGUAAUGUCUUUCCAUGAAUGUGGUGGUAACAUUGGGGAUGAUGUUUGCAUUCCACUGCCUAACUGGGUAGCUGAAAUUGGUAGAAGCAAUCCUGAUAUAUAUUUCACUGACAGAGCAGGAAGGCGGAAUCCAGAAUGUCUGUCAUGGGGGAUUGACAAGGAAAGGGUAUUAAGAGGUCGGACUGCUGUUGAGGUUUACUUUGACUACAUGAGGAGCUUCCGAGCUGAAUUUGAUGAGUUUUUUGAAGAUGGCAUGAUCUCCAUGAUUGAAGUUGGACUAGGCCCUUGUGGGGAGCUAAGAUAUCCAUCUUAUCCUGUAAAGCAUGGUUGGAGAUACCCUGGCGUUGGUGAAUUUCAGUGUUAUGACCAGUAUAUGUUGAAUAGCCUGAGGAAGGCAGCUGAAAACAGGGGGCAUUCCUUCUGGGGACGAGGACCAGAUAAUGCAGGUUCUUACAAUUCCUGCCCGCAUGAAACAGGAUUUUUUUGUGAUGGAGGAGAUUAUGAUGGCUAUUAUGGGAGGUUUUUCCUGAAUUGGUAUUCUCAAGUUUUGAUUGAACAUGGUGAUCGAGUGCUUUCCCUUGCCAAUUUAGUUUUUGAGGGUACUUGCAUUGCUGUAAAGCUAUCAGGUACUCCUUGGUGGUACAAGACUGCAAGCCAUGCCACUGAGUUAACAUCUGGAUUUUAUAACUCAUGUAAUCGUGAUGGUUAUGCUGCAAUCGUGGCAAUGUUGAAGAAGCAUGGUGUCAUACUGAACUUUACAUGUGCUGGAAUGAGCAUGUUAAACCAGAAUGUUGACUUCUCAGAGGCUUUGGCUGACCCUGAGGGAUUAACUUGGCAAGUGCUGAAUACCGCUUGGGAUGUCUGUGUACCUGUUGCUAGUGAAAAUGCACUUCCAUGCCAUGACAGGGAAGGCUACAACUAUUUAUCAGAGAAAGCCAAGCCAAUGAACGAUCCUGAUGGGAGACACCUUUUUUCUUUUACCUACCUUAGGCUUAGCCCUCUUUUAAUGGAAAGACACAAUUUCUUGGAGUUUGAACGGUUUGUCAAGAGAGUGCAUGGGGAAGCCGUUCUUGAUAUACUGGCUUAGCUUCCAAAGCUUUACCCUCUUAUUGAAAAAGGCUGAGGAGUGCACAACCCUUGGUAUAUAGUGUCGCGCUACAUUUUUGUAAAUGCAAUUGUAUGAUAUCAUCAAAGCAUUAUGUAUUUAGCUGCAUUCUUUUAGUUUUAACUAAUUUAUGAUAGACCCUGCAAUCUUAUUUGAGUUUUGGUAUAUACAUUCAUGAAAUUCAGUAGUUGGGAGUAAAACAGUAAUUGCCGAAACAUAUUUGUAUGCGUGCGAAUUGGAUAUGAUGAAAAUGAUACUGUAAUUUUCUAGUAC